AUGGAGUUUAUCUUGGAGGCCAGUGGCAGUCAAUAUAAAUUACCCAAGGAUCUAAAGCCACCUUUUAAUUAUAUGGGAAUUCUAAUAACGGCCACCGCACAAUUUGGAAAUAAAAGUCAAGCCUAUCCAUUGAUUAUGAAAACGGCAGAUCAAUUUAUCCAGGAUAUUUGCAACUUUGUGGAUCAACUUUUGCGACUUUUGAGUGCUACGUCAAUAAUUACGGAUGAUUGUUUUUUAAGGACCUUCUCCGACUUUCUCAUGGUCUGCUCCGACUCGAAGGUGCGUUCCUUUAGGCACACGAGCACGCUGAUCGCUCUCAAGUUGAUGACCUUGUUGAAUGGACUAGUGGCCUGGGAACAGGCGAAUCUCAAAGAGAUUUGGUUGCAAAUGUUUGCCAAAGUCUUUUUGGAGCGUUCCAACGAUGUCGUCGAGGAUAUACGAUAUGUAUGCAUAGCCGAGUGUGGCCUAUGGCUGGACAAGUAUCCGGAGAGCUUUGUGGAUCAACAACAGGUGCAGCACCUGUAUCAGGCACUCCAGGAUAACUGCUUGAAAGUGUGCGAAGCCAGUUUGCAGGCACUGUUGAGGCUCUAUCAUAACCCAAAGCUACGACCUGUGUGCCUGGAGCAGGGCAUCAAGUUUCGGAUGACGCUGCUGGGAUUAACGAUGAGCGCGGAGUGCGAACUGGGUCAGAUGUCCAUACAGCUGCUGAUCAUGUUCUACAGGUUAACGCCUCAAAUACUCGACGAGUCCAUGAUCCAGGUGAUUGAGCAGCUCGUCUUUGCCGCCCAUCGUGGAGUCGCCCAAGCUGCGGCGGAUCUGAUCCCAUUUCGUUAUCACUGUGCAACCACGGAUAAGGAGCGCAUACGUGUCCUGGUGCAGUUCUUUAUUCAGUUUGGACAACAUGAACAUGCCGCCUACUUUGUGGAUGCCUUCUACGGUUGUAAUGACAUCAUAAUGGAUUGGAGUUCCAUGGUUUCCAUGCUGCUGCAACCAGAAUCCUUGAGUUCCCCGGAGACUUCCGUGCUCAUCGAGAUCUUGACGCAGGCCAUCAAGCAGGCGGUCACGGGGGAAAUUCCGGUUGGACGUUACACGAAGGAUCUGGUGCUUGCAGUCAGGAUUUGA